AUGCAGAUUGACUUUGACCUGCAGAUUGACUUUGACCUGCAGAUUGACUUUGACCUGCAGAUUGACUUUGACCUGCAGAUUGACUUUGACCUGCAGAUUGACUUUGACCUGCAGAUUGACUUUGACCUGCAGAUUGACUUUGACCUGCAGAUUGACUUUGCCCUGCAGAUAACUUCUGAGCAUGCAUCUGGAUUGAUAGACAUUGUGGCGUCACCUGCUUGCCUCACUGCCCUCACCUGCUUGCCUCACAGCCCUCACCUGCUUGCCUCACAGCCCUCACCUGCUUGCCUCACAGCCCUCACCUGCUUGCCUCACUACCCUCACCUGCCUGCGGCAGGCAUGCAGGAGCGGCAGGCAUGCAGGAGCAGCAGGCAUGCAGGAGCGGCAGGCAUGCAGGAGCGGCAGGCAUGCAGGAGCGGCAGGCAUGCAGGAGCGGCAGGCAUGCAGAAGCGGCAAGCAUGCAGGAGCGGCAGGCAUGCAGGAGUGGCAGGCAUGCAGGAGCGGCAGGCAUGCAGGAGUGGCAGGCAUGCAGGAGCGGCAGGCAUGCAGGAGCGGCAGGCAUGCAGGAGCGGCAGGCAUGCAGGAGCGGCAGGCAUGCAGGAGCGGCAGGCAUGCAGGAGCGGCAGGCAUGCAGGAGCGGCAGGCAUGCAGGAGCGGCAGGCAUGCAGGAGCGGCAGGCAUGCAGGAGCGGCAGGCAUGCAGGAGCGGCAGGCAUGCAGGAGCGGCAGGCAUGCAGGAGCGGCAGGCAUGCAGGAGCGGCAGGCAUGCAGGAGUGGCAGGCAUGCAGGAGUGGCAGGCAUGCAGGAGUGGCAGGCAUGCAGGAGUGGCAGGCAUGCAGGAGUGGCAGGCAGGCAUGCAGGAGCGGCAGGCAUGCAGGAGUGGCAGGCAUGCAGGAGUGGCAGGCAUGCAGGAGUGGCAGGCAUGCAGGAGUGGCAGGCAUGCAGGAGCAGCAGGCAUGCAGGAGCGGCAGGCAUGCAGGAGUGGCAGGCAUGCAGGAGUGGCAGGCAUGCAGGAGUGGGCACAGUGAAGGACGGGGCAGAAGACAUGAUUGCGUUUGAAGGAAGUGAUGAAGGGGUGUGGACAGACGGAAGUGCAGCCGGGGGGGAAGGUAUGGAGACAGCCAGCAAGCAGGCAAGGAGCAGCAGUGAUGCACCACUCACGCAACCUUCCUGGCGAGCAAGCAAGGCGGGCAGCAGUCACGCCAGUAACGAGCAGCGAGGGCGGCACGAGUGGCUCACCCCCGUGGCGAGCAGAGCAGCACCUCUGCAGGCAGCACCUCUGCAGGCAGCACCGCCUCACUGCCGAGUGACACCUUGCCCGCCCCCAUUCAUGUGGGGCUGCACCGCAGGCAUGCUGGCAUGGCAAGAAAGGAGCAAGGAGGGCAACAAGUGCGAGUGA